AUGGCUCUUCACAUUUUGCAGUGUGAGAAUCAGGUGGAGGUCAGUCAGGAGGAGGUCAGGCAGGUGGAGGUCAGCCAGGUGGAGGUCAGUCAGGUGGAGGUCAGUCAGGUGGAGGUCAGUCAGGUGGAGGUCAGUCAGGAGGAGGUCAGGCAGGUGGAGGGCAGCCAGGUGGAGGUCAGUCAGGUGGAGGUCAGUCAGGUGGAGGUCAGUAAGGUGGAGGUGGAGGUCAGUCAGGUGGAGGUCAGUAAGGUGGAGGUCAGUCAGGAGGAGGUCAGUCAGGUGGAGGUCAGUCAGGUGGAGGUCAGUCAGGUGGAGGUCAGUAAGGAGGAGGUGGAGGUCAGUCAGGAGGAGGUCAGUAAGGAGGAGGUCAGUCAGGUGGAGGUCAGUCAGGUGGAGGUCAGUCAGGAGGAGGUGGAGGUCAGUCAGGAGGAGGUCAGUCAGGUGGAGGUCAGUCAGGAGGAGGUGGAGGUCAGUCAGGAGGAGGUCAGUAAGGAGGAGGUCAGUCAGGAGGAGGUCAGUAAGGUGGAGGUCAGUCAGGUGGAGGUCAGUCAGGAGGAGGUCAGUCAGGUGGAGGUCAGUCAGGAGGAGGUGGAGGUCAGUCAGGUGGAGGUCAGUCAGGAGGAGGUCAGUCAGGUGGAGGUCAGUCAGGUGGAGGUCAGUCAGGAGGAGGUGGAGGUCAGUCAGGUGGAGGUCAGUCAGGUGGAGGUCAGUCAGGAGGAGGUCAGUAAGGAGGAGGUGGAGGUCAGUCAGGAGGAGGUGGAGGUCAGUCAGGUGGAGGUCAGUCAGGAGGAGGUCAGUAAGGUGGAGGUCAGUCAGGAGGAGGUCAGUCAGGUGGAGGUCAGUCAGGAGGAGGUCAGUCAGGUGGAGGUCAGUCAGGAGGAGGUGGAGGUCAGUCAGGUGGAGGUCAGUCAGGAGGAGGUCAGUCAGGUGGAGGUCAGUCAGGUGGAGGUCAGUCAGGAGGAGGUCAGUCAGGUGGAGGUCAGUCAGGAGGAGGUGGAGGUCAGUCAGGAGGAGGUGGAGGUCAGUCAGGAGGAGGUCAGUCAGGAGGAGGUCAGUAAGGUGGAGGUCAGUCAGGAGGAGGUCAGUCAGGUGGAGGUCAGUCAGGUGGAGGUCAGUCAGGAGGAGGUGGAGGUCAGUCAGGUGGAGGUCAGUCAGGUGGAGGUCAGUCAGGAGGAGGUCAGUCAGGAGGAGGUCAGUCAGGUGGAGGUCAGUCAGGUGGAGGUCAGUCAGGAGGAGGUCAGUCAGGUGGAGGUCAGUCAGGUGGAGGUCAGUCAGGAGGAGGUCAGUCAGGUGGAGGUGGAGGUGGAGGUCAGUCAGGAGGAGGUCAGUCAGGUGGAGGUCAGUCAGGAGGAGGUGGAGGUCAGUCAGGAGGAGGUCAGUCAGGUGGAGGUCAGUCAGGAGGAGGUGGAGGUCAGUCAGGAGGAGGUCAGUCAGGAGGAGGUCAGUAAGGUGGAGGUCAGUCAGGAGGAGGUCAGUCAGGUGGAGGUCAGUCAGGUGGAGGUCAGUCAGGAGGAGGUCAGUCAGGUGGAGGUCAGUCAGGAGGAGGUGGAGGUCAGUCAGGUGGAGGUCAGUCAGGUGGAGGUCAGGCAGGUGGAGGUCAGUCAGGAGGAGGUCAGUCAGGAGGAGGUCAGUCAGGAGGAGGUCAGUCAGGUGGAGGUCAGUCAGGUGGAGGUCAGUCAGGAGGAGGUCAGUCAGGUGGAGGUCAGUCAGGUGGAGGUCAGUCAGGAGGAGGUCAGUCAGGAGGAGGUCAGUCAGGUGGAGGUCAGUCAGGAGGAGGUCAGUCAGGUGGAGGUGGAGGUCAGUCAGGAGGAGGUCAGUCAGGUGGAGGUGGAGGUCAGUCAGGUGGAGGUGGAGGUCAGUCAGGAGGAGGUCAGUCAGGAGGAGGUCAGUCAGGUGGAGGUCAGUCAGGUGGAGGUGGAGGUCAGUCAGGAGGAGGUCAGUCAGGUGGAGGUCAGUCAGGUGGAGGUCAGUCAGGUGGAGGUGGAGGUCAGUCAGGUGGAGGUCAGUCAGGUGGAGGUGGAGGUCAGUCAGGUGGAGGUGGAGGUCAGUCAGGUGAACUGUCUGUAA